CAGAGAUUCCUUACGCUGGAGAUCUUGAAGUGACCAUCAAGGUAUCGAGAGAGACAUUUGAUCCCUGCCCCAGCUUCAAACUCAGGGUCAUUAGUCCACUGGAGACAAUACUCCAGGCCUCAUUUGCCCCUCAGAAGAGCAGCAGUUGUAACGGCAGUGCUUCCCUGCCCUGCCUGGCGGGCCUACCUCCUGCACACUCAUGAGAAGGACCAGAGUAAGCUCGCCCACAUGGACAGGGUUGUGACUGACCUCCUCCAGUCACAGUCCUCCCUCUGUUCAGACUGGAACCUCUCCUCUGUCAUCUUUGGGAAGUAUGGGGCCAGCGAGAGUCUGCUACACCUGUUGGUUCGCUGUAAGCUGGAGGGGGCGGUCGGUGUGUUGUUACAACACAGGAACAGGGGCAGCAAAGAGGCAAUUCUGCAACAGAGGGACUAUAAGGGGAGGACCCCUUCUGAGAUUGCUCGUAAAAAGGGCAGCAAAAGAACGGCAGAAAUGCUGGCAAUGGCAAGUGUAAACUCGACUGAGGGAAAUGAACGCACGGUUAAGAUAACCAAGUUGAUGAAAUGCAAAUCUCUUGACCAUAAACUGAACUUGAUAGGCACCACAGAGCAAGACAAUGAACUGCUGUCUUCUGUAAAGGUAACAAGACGACGACGCGUGUGUUUGACAUUAUCAGACGAUUUGUUGUGCAGGUGAACGGCGAAAAACACUGCAACAAGAGGCGUUUCAGACUACACAGUGACAAAAAGGGAGUGACGAUAACAAAGCCACAAUCUCCUCCUCCAACCUCAGAUGAUUGGCAAUUUUCUGAAGAGGUUGCCCUCUCCUUACCGUGCUCUCCAACAUCAAUGAAGUACUCCAGAGCCAUUCCGAUACUGGCAGAGAAUGCGGGCCCACUGUGUGCUAGCAGUGAGUCCCUGAGGGAGCUGGUGAGCAUGUGUCUCUACAGCUCUUCCGUCCUCAGCGACUACCCCUGGGAAGAACCACCUUUUGGGGAUAAAGCCUCGCUGAAGAGAGGGGAUAUAUUCUACGUAAUGAAGGAGCUGGGGAAGGGACAUGUGUCAUGGUGUCUGCAAAGGCUUCUAUUGGACACUACCAAAGAGUAGCUUGGCAACCAGUGAUUUGGGAGAUGAUGAUCACUAUGUAGACCACUAUGAACAAACGGAAGUAACAGAUUCUGAGAGUUCAGACGGAUAUGAAGAAGUGUUGGACCCGGUACAUCUCCCCAUCAUACCUGGUAUUCAUUCUCCAGCGAACACACCUCCUGGCCAAGUAGUUGAGAUGCCGUUCAAACUGCCACCGAUGAGAGAUGCCAUCAGGGAUCACGGAGCUCGACACUCGCCCGCUAGUCGACUCCCGCUUCCAUCAGAGCAUUCCCUACCCAGUAGCCAUGACUCUGGUCUUGAACAUGCUGGAUUCCCCAGGCUACCCUCACCCGCUCACCAGGAACAUGGUCCAGCCCACACAGGUCCCUCCAGUAAUCCUCCUCAUGCUAUCUCUAAGCUAGCCAAAGCCAAACCGCUACCAGUCCUACCAACGAAGCAAAGGGCCGCGAUACCAAUACCCGAGCAGGUAGAGGAUGUGGAACCAAAUUCACCACGGAUAAAAAAGGUUCUAACACCACCACAGAGAAAGAGACCGUCCUAUGAACACAGAGAACCAUUUCCACUACCAAAAUUUCCAGAGCCAAAGCAAAAGGCACCAACAUCACCACAGAAGAGGAAAAUUAUACCGAGCCUGCCAGUAACCCACCAGCCUCUUGAUCAAAGACCACGGUUAGCAACACCACCCGAGGAAAGUCAACCAUUUACACUUGGACAGAGAGAACGUGAGCCAACUCCACCAAAGGCACCAACACCACCUCAGAAUAGGAAGAUUUUACCGGUACCACCUGCGAUUCAGCAGCAGACAACAGGACCUUCUGAUGAGCAUGAUCACACAAAACAGGCUGUGCAUCCAGAGCGAAAAAGAAAUGUACCAACACUGCCUCAUAAGAGAAAAGUAGCUCUCGCACUACCUGUGGUUCAGACACCUCCCGAACAGAAGAAAAGACUACCUCUGCCACCAGAAAGGGGGCUCUCCAAAUCAAAGGCAAUGGCUAUGCGGCCCGACCCAGCACAGAGGGCACCUGAACCACCUGGAUCAGAUGAGGAUGAGUAUGAUGAUGCCAUCACUUUUCAAAGUCGCCCAGUCACACAAACACAGCAGCAAGUCACCAACGGUGCCCAACACACCAGCGCAACAAAUGUGUCAAAGCCAAUACCAUAUCUGAUUCCUGAGAAGCAGAGUGAAAAUAGUGUAGGGCAACAUUUCAAGCCCCAACACCACCACCACCUCCCAGUAUCUCCUGAUAGUGAUGGUGACGAAGAAGACUAUGUGGAUGCCACUUCCCAACAGCACCCAAUUACAAGUCGGGGGCAGCAACACGUGGAGAAGCAGGAGCCCAGGUGGCAGCUGGCAACAAAGGAGAGACCGCGCAAGGCUCCACUCCAGCCACCGCCACCUCCAGCCAGAGCCUCUUCUUCUCACCAGCAAACUGGAGCACCUCCACCUGCAGUUAAACCCAGGGGCUCCCUACCCCGCCAACGCCACAGACCUCCUCCCCACAGCGCAGCCAGUUCCCGACAUGUAAAGGACCCAUCUUCUACGUCUGGGGACGAGGACUCUGUACCUAGUUCCUUUGCUGACCUGAAGAGACGUUUAGAAAAACAAUUGGCUUCGUAACAGUCAAACAGUUCAUGUUCAUUCACAAAACAUAACAUAAAAUGUGGGUAAAAACAAGAAGUAUUUAUUAUUACUGCUGUGACUUUUUACAAUGAAAUUAUGUCCUCUAGCCAACUCGUAAAGCUACAGAGUCUUAAAUAUUCCAACCUUCGACCAACAUCUGCGAUUCUUUGCUGUUCCCACCUCCCCUGAACGAACUCGGUCUUUCUCUGAGCCAAGUCAUAGUCUUGAAGAAGGAAGAGGAAGUUGCUGGUGAGAGAUAUUAUAGUGGACACACUCGUGGCUCUGUGAAGGCC